AUGGGUCUGCAAUACAAAGUAUUUUUCAGCAAGCGUGCUUCAGCCACCCGAACUGGGCCAGUCGGUCAUGACAACCUGAAGUGGGUUCCCACCUCAUCUACCUUGAUCUACGGAGCCAAAGACGCUGUAUUGGUCGACGCGCAGCCAACCUCGGACGCUUCACAUGAGCUUCUGGACUGGGUUGUUGCAAGCGGGCACAACAUCACACACGUUUACGUCACUCAUGCCCACGGCGACCAUUUCUUUGGCAGCGCACUCAUCCUGGAACGGUUCCCGGACGCGGUUCUGGUCGCAACUCCCGAAGUUGUGGCCAGGAUGGAACUCGAGACUGCGCCAGAGCGUCUGACUGGUCUCUGGGAAAAGUUGUUUCCUAACCAGAUUCCCCGGACGCUCAAGAUCGCCCAGCCUCUUUCUCGGGACCAGUUUGAACUAGAAGGCGAGAAGCUGGAAGUCCUCAGGACUGGCCACACAGACACGGAUGACACGACGACUCUUUGGGUCCCGUCCAUCAAGCUCGCUGUGACGGGCGACGCCGUGUACGCAAACACCCACCCGUACCUGGGCGAGUCGGGAACGGCCGCCAAGCGGGGCGAAUGGAUUGAUGCGUUGAACAAGAUAGCCGCACUCGGACCUGAGCAUGUUGUGGGUGGGCAUAGCGAUCCAAGCAAGGGGUUCGGGCCUGAAGCAAUCCACGAGACAAAGACGUACUUGGAGAACUUUGACAAGAUCAGUUCCGACACCGGUACGGCUGAAGAACUUUAUGAGCGCAUGCUGGAGAUUUAUCCUGAGCUUCUAAACCCAGGAUCUCUCUGGGCAGGUGCUUUUUUGACCAAGCGGCCGUAA